AUGUGGUCUUCUCCAUACCACUCACACCCACGGCGGGGCAAGUCCAGCCUCCAGGCUGCUUGUAAGAACUACAGCCCUGGAAGCAGCCUGCACGUUUCACUGGACAGUACAGAACAGAGCCCAGGGCAGGUGGUGCUUCCUAAGCCACUGAUGGGGACUGUGCUUGCGCUGCCCACUGACAUAGGCUCACCUGUUCUUUUUCCUCCAGUUGCAGGCACCUUUAGCUGCACCAUGAAGUUCACCGUCCGGGACUGUGACCCUGACACGGGGGUUCCAGUGGAGGAGGGGUAUGAUGAUGAGUACGUGCUAGAAGAUCUUGAAGUGACUGUGUCUGACCACAUUCAGAAGGUAAUGAAGCCUAACUUCGCUGCUGCCUGGGAAGAGAUAGGAGACACCUUUGAGAAAGAGGAGACCUUUGCCCUCAGUUCUACUAAAACUCUUGAAGAAGCUGUCAACAACAUCAUCACAUUUCUGGGCAUGCAGCCCUGCGAGAGGUCAGACAAAGUACCUGAGAAUAAAAAUUCCCAUUCCCUCUAUCUGGCAGGUAUAUACAGAGGUGGCUGUGACCUGUUGGUGAGGUCCAGGCUGGCCUUAGCAGAUGGAGUGACCAUGCAGGUGACUGUCAGAAGCAAAGAGGGGACACCUGUAGAUGUUAUCUUGGCUUCUGUUGGAUAAGUUUUUACUGGGCAAGAUGAAGCGGAUGUCGGGGACACAGUGGGCUUUCAGGCCAGUGGCAUGAAUUUCCCAGAAUCAUACUUCUAAAAACUAAUGACUUUGGAGAAGCAAGUUAAAUGUUUGGCCCUGAGCCAGCAGAUCAAGGAAAUGUCUGUCCUUAUGCACGUCUCUCUGUUGUUGUUCCUUUUCCUUUUUAUUACACUCAGUCAGCUUUGGUGUGAUAAUAACAGCUUUGGGUGAUCUUGAAAAUCAGAUACUAUCCUAUACCCCAGCUGCUUAACUUCAUUAUAUUCUUUAAUUUAACGUGUAUCUGAAAGCUCCUGGCAAUGUUGGAAAGCUUUUAUCCCAGAGGGGUGGUAGGGGAGGGGGAGCCAGAGUCCACUUUUGUCAAAAUUCAUUUUUAUUAAUGGAAAAUAAACACUUAUUCCA